AUGAUGGGAAAUAUCUCAUUCUCCCUUGUUCGACAGCGACCAGAAGUGGUUUGUUUGUGGAUGUCGGAGUUAUGGACACUUCUUGUUUGGAUUCGACCUUCACUCGCUCAAGAGUGA